CCCUGCCAGACAGCCAUAAUGAACGUCGGGUGGAAGUUAAUGACCGUGGUGGUGAUUGCGAUGAGUGGCGUGCAAGCGUCUAACACGACGUGUCGCACGCCCCCCACCGCCCCCAACUACGUCAACGCUCUGUACGAGGGACACUGGUUCGAGAUGGGCAGGUCUCAGACGCCUGGAGGAGCUGCCUUGCAGGUUGGUUGCAUGUGCGACGUCUCUGACUUCGUGACGGACGAGCCUGUGCAGGGCAACGGCACCAUCUCUUACGUAUGCCGGCGCUUCUCGCCUCAGGCCGACCCUGUCUUUGCCAAUGCUACUCUGGUCGACACCGGCAAUCCCGGCGAAUUCAAGCAGGUUUAUCCAUACCCUAAUUCCAGACCUCUCAACUACUACGUGAUUUACAUCGAUGAGGACUCGGCCGUGGAGUACGACUGCGACACUAAUGACAACGGAGUGACGAACUACUGCGUGCACAUCCUCUCGCGCACCGCAACCAUUGCGGCUGACAAGGAAGCGGCCCUCCUGCAAUAUGCUGAGGAUUUGGGGCUCAACCCUGACGGCAUAGAGUACAACCCCGUGCAGCAGGAGGGCUGCUGGUGAAGCUGUGAGCCUAUAACAGGGUUGUGUAUGUCAACGCUGGCAGUCAAAGACCGGCUUUUUUAUUUUCUGCUGUAAAUGGAAGUAUACAACGUUGCACUCAGCGCCA